AUGGCCCGAGAUGAAGUGCUGAAAAAGCAAAGCAACAAAAGCGUGCUGAGUAAAAAACAGUUCUCCAGAAAUAAAGAAGGUGAAGAAGAGACUUACCAGUUGCACCCAGAACCAGCCAGGCAAAAAGAAGCAGAAGUACAGGCUGAGGAAUACAACUACUGCAAUGGAAAAAGUGAAAACCCCUACGCUGGCCUAGUGGAGUCCUUACGUGCUGUCUGGUGGACAGGAAAGACACGUCCUAUGGAAUAUCGGGUAAAACAGCUGGAGGGCCUGUGUCACUUUCUGGAGGAAAGACAGGCUGAUAUCCAGCAUGCCCUGUGUGCAGACCUACACAAGCCCUGCUUUGAAACUGAGCUCACUGAGAUUCUCUUAGUCAGAAAUGAACUGGCUGAGGCUCUUAACAACUUAAGCCACUGGAUGAAGGAUGAAUAUGUGCACAAGAGCCUGUUCACACAGCUGGAUCAUGCCUUCAUUCGCAAGGAGCCAUUUGGUGUGGUGCUGAUCAUUGGAGCCUUUAACUACCCUAUUAACCUCACUUUGAUGCCCCUCGUGGGGGCCAUUGCAGCAGGGAACUGUGUGAUUCUCAAACCUUCAGAGGUGAGCAGCUCCACUGAAAGGCUCCUGGCAGAAUUGCUGCCUUGUUAUCUUGAUCCGGUGAGUUCCUCAGCUGCAAUUGUGGCCCCUGAUGCUGGACGGGAGUUGUGGGUGUCUGUAUCUCUCUCUUGACCCAAAUUUUGCCAUACCUCUACAGGGAGUAACCGUGUAGGAAAGAUCAUCAUGACUGCUGCAGCAAAACAUCUGACACCUUUGACUCUGGAGCUGGGGGGUAAAAAUCCCUGUUACGUGGAUCACUGCUGCAAUUUCCAGAAUGCAGCCAACCGAAUUGUAUGGGGAAAAUUUGUCAAUGCUGGACAGACAUGCAUUGCACCAGAUUAUGUGAUCUGUACAGUUGAAACACAGGAGAAGUUAAUACCUUGCCUGCGCCAAGCUAUCCGUGAAUUCUAUGGCCCUGAUCCCAAGGAGUCCCCUGAUUUUGCCCGCAUGGUCAAUGACAAGCAUUUCCAGCGUGUCCAAGCUUUGCUGAAAUGUGGCCGGGUGGUCAUUGGUGGAGAGACCGAUGAGUGUGACCGUUACAUUGGAGCCUCUGUUUGUGGCAAAAUUAAGGACAAGCAAAUUGUGAACCGUGUACUGGAUUGUGUUAGCAGUGGCGGCUUCUGCGGCAAUGAUACCCUGACACACGUAACAUUGGUUAACCUACCAUUUGGUGGCAUUGGACUCAGUGGAUUUGGAAAAUACCACGGCAAGUUUACUUUCGACACAUUUUCUCACUUUCGUGGCUGUCUUUUGCGCUGCAUGGGGCUGGAGGUAAUCAACAAACCACGCUACCCCCCAUACAACGAUCAUAAAUUGGGAUUAACAAUCUCUGCUUUGGAGGUCAGGCGCAAGGGCAUGUGCACUUUGCUGUGAGGCCUGGAAUCACAUCACCUGCAUUCUUAAGGAAUCCGGCCAAGACUUUUGCUGUAGUUGAGAGGUUUUUCCCUUCAUCAGCUGGUCCUAGAAUUUUGCCUCAUCACCUGCAGAGAUCCUUGAAAAACACUCUCUCUUCUGACGAACCUUGUUUUCACCAUCUUUGCUCCUUAUAUUGUUUCUUUAUCCUCUAUCAGCUUAUAGAAAUUCAACAUUUAGUAUGGUUAGAAAACUUAGGUGACACCCUCCAAUUCUCUUUGUGCAGUUGUUGGAUAUAGAACAUAUCCUCAAUUCCAGUAACAGCUAAUUAUACAAUUAAUUAAAGUUUGUUGGUAAAAUUUCAUCUUCAUUGGAACACAUAAAGCCAAUUCUGCUUUAAAAUCUACAAGCAUCAGAUUCUUUGUUAAAAAUGGACAAGUACAGCUCCACUUUACAGUGGAGCAAUCAUCCUGAUUAAGAUAUUUGUACAAUAAAGAUAGCCCGGAUGGUCUCUGUAAAGUGAUAAAACUAUUUCUGAGUGAAUAUUCAAAAGGUGGAUCCAUUAAACAAUUUAAUUCCCAAAGAAAUUCACAGCUGAACUAAUGCAGGUUGUUAUACGUAAAGAUACUCUGUUGAGAAUGCAUUUUCUAUACUGGGAUGCUCUAAAGCUCAGACAUGCCCCCUUUAAUUAUAUUGCUUUCAAUCUCCUUGCCCACAGUUACAGUUCAGAUUCUUUGUUCCAUCAGUGAUUUCUACACUACCCAGCCCAAAGCAUACUAAUUUAGAAGUACAGCACAUCCUAUCGAGUUCCACAUAAUUCUGCUAACAAUUGCCAAUAUACUGAGAUUUCCUGCACUCUUGCAUUUUUCAGGUAAAUGUCUUUCUUCUGCAAUAAAGAUCUUGCAUCAAACCUUACAAAUAGUUGACUAAUUAUUUAAUAGUGUCAUCAAUUGACAUAAUGUAUUACAUAAUAAAAUGAGUCAACAACUGGUUCCUGCACCAGGAGCUUUUGACUGAAAUUUAGAUAUUGGGGAACAAAAACAACAGAACGAAGUAAAGAAAAAAAUGCUCAAGCAAUUUGCUACAAUAAAAUAAAGAGCAUCUUGGCAUUCUAAAGGGAGUAUCCAUUUUAGAGAGUACGCCCUGGAGUAAAAUAGUAGCAAGUAAGUCACAAUCAGUCUUGUGUUCCUUGAAUGGAUACAAAGAGUUUUCUGUGAGCUUCCG